UUGAAAGCAGUUCUGAACACAUGCCUUUAUAAAAGUUGGUUACCGAUACUUUACAGAGGUUACAAGAAUUACUGAAGGUUAUAAAACACGAGGAUAUAGUAACUGCAAUCAACUUUUAUAUGGUGGUUUGCAAACACUUUGUAAGGGAGUGAUAACACGGAAAAAGAGCAUUAUUAUAAUAGACUAUACUAGACCAUCUAGGCCAUAUAACUAGUCUGUUAUAAUAAUACGCUGUCCAUAUAUUGAAACAUAUGCGAUAUAUAUUUCCAUCAAGUAUGACUGAUAGAGUAUCCGACAAAGUCCAAACUAAAAAACAUAAAUGUCAACCAAAAGAGCCAUAUGGCAUGCUCGAGGAAGAAGCAGCAAAUAAGGUCAAAAUAGAGGUAUGUACAGAGGACCAGUUUAAAAUCGAAGACAACGCAGAAAAGAAAAAUACUCAUAAUCUCAACACAAAAGAUCAUACAAAUGAUGUAUUCUCAAUCUCGUCAGUUUUUCGUGACUACCUAGGCGUCACGCAACCUCUCGUGCGACAGGCGCACAGCGAUACGAGUAUUGACUGUUAUUCUAAACAAUCUAUAAGACACUGUGCUGUGAAUGUAGAAAAUAUCAUUACAUGGGUUUCUUAUAUCCAACCAGAGUGUAAUAAAAGCAAUCUAGUUAUAUUGUUUAUACCAGGAAAUCCAGGAGCUAUCGAGCUGUACGAUAAAUUCUUGGAAUGCUUAUACAAAGAAGUACAGAUACCAAUUUUUGGAAUCUCGCAUGCAGGUCACGAUCUCAUCCCGCAGAACAGUUGUCUAUCCAAAAGGGUUGCCAAAGAACGGUUUCCAGAAAUAAAACCAAGUCAUAAACACACAUUUACCUUGGAAGAACAAAUCUCGCAUAAGCUUGCCUUUAUUCGGCAAUAUAUUAAAUCUGAUCGAAGAAUAAUCAUCGUAGCUCAUUCACUGGGGUCGUACGUCACAUUAAAAAUGUUGAACCAGAUGACGGAUACGAGUCAAAUAUUACUAGCGGUGUUAUUAUUUCCAGUAUUUGAAAGAACCAUGGAAACGACAAGUGGAAGAUUUUGGGUUCCCAUGACGCAAAUCAUGAAGAAUCCACUUGUAACGACCACAUCAGUGAUGGAAAGGUUGCCACCUUUCGUCAAAAAAACAUUAAUUGAUGCCUUAGCUUCGAGACGUAAGUGUAGUUGCGGUUCAGUGGAUGCGAUAACAGAGGGGAUAAGAUCUGUAAUCAGUCCGAAUGGACUACGUAACAUUGCACAAAUAGCAAAAGACUUAUCGAAGAUUGGUCAUCAUGAUUUAUUGAAGGAUGUAAUCAAAAAGCAUGCAGAUAAACUGACGUUUUAUUAUGGAGCCAGUGACGCUUGGACACCGCUGUCAUUUUAUGCUGACAUGAAAAAGACAUUUCCAGAUGUCGACAUCAGAUUAGAUGCAAACGGAAUCGGUCAUGCUUUUAUUUUUAAUACAAGUAAGAAAGUAGCUGCUAUUGUUGUGGAGAUUAUCAAUAAAAAGAUUAUGGAGAAGUCUAGCGCUUGCGCAAUAGUUAGGAAUAUGACUUUUUCUUUAAAAAGAUCAAAGUCUUAUAUGUGUGGAAGACCUCAUUCUUUUUCAUAAUGGAUUUUAAUGUCGAACUUUUACUGGCAUGAACUCUUUUGUAUAGAAAAAACAUUUUUAAGUGAACAUGACAAAGCGGGUUUUUCUUAAUUUAGAAAUAUUGCCACUCUUGUUCA